GUGAUAAAUAGGAACCAGUGUCCAUAGUUUGCUGCUUCCUUGGCUCCAAAUAGAUGCCCAGAGAAAAUGCUGAGCGUGGGCAACUGGGGCCCCCUUGUGGCUGAAUCUGGUUCUCCACUUUUGCUCUGCUCUCGCUGGUCAGUAGCGGGGGAGACAUGGCAAAAGGGAAGUUUGGCUUUCACUUAAAGGCUUUUGUGGACUUCUCCUAUUGCUACGGAUUUUGUGAUGGUCCCCAGCCCCUGCUCCUCAGCUGCCAGGGCCCUCCUAAGCUAAAUGCAGCCUUCUUGAGGUGCCGUGACAGUAAACCCAGAAACAGUCUCUUCGUGUUCACUGGCAAAUUCAGGCUCUUCUUCGGGCUGCUUCUUACAGGUAACCCACCACAGAACACUCUGCAGUAUGGAAAACUGCCAAGCUCUAAUCCAGGAAGUGAAAAUGUGGCGCCUCGAGAGCCGCUGAUUGCCACAGCAGUGAAGUUUCUACAGAAUUCUCGGGUCCGCCAUAGCCCACUUGCAACCAGGAGAGCAUUCCUUAAGAAGAAAGGGCUGACGGAUGAAGAGAUUGAUUUGGCUUUCCAGCAGUCGGGCACGGCUGCCGAUGAGCCUGCGUCCUUGGGCCCAGCCACACAGGUGAUGCCUGUCCAGUCCCCUCACCUCAUUUCGCAGCCAUAUAGCCCUGCGGGUUCCCGGUGGAGAGAUUACAGCGCCUUGGCCAUCAUCAUGGCAGGGAUAGCGUUUGGCUUUCACCAGCUCUACAAGAAAUACCUGCUCCCCCUCAUCAUGGGCGGCCGGGAGGACAGGAAGCAACUGGAGAGGAUGGAGGCGAGUCUCUCAGAGCUGAGUGGCAGCGUGGCACAGACAGUGACGCAGUUACAGGUGACUUUAGCCUCUGUCCAGGAGCUGCUGACUCAGCAGCAGCAGGAAGUCCAGGAGCUCGCCCACGAGCUGGCCGCAGCCAAGGCCACCACUUCCACCAACUGGAUCCUGGAGUCCCAGAACAUCAAUGAACUCAAGUCGGAAAUUAACUCCUUGAAAGGGCUUCUUUUAAAUCGGAGGCAGUUCCCCCCUUCCCCGUCGGCCCCGAAGAUCCCCUCCUGGCAGAUCCCGGUCAAGUCCCCGUCACCCUCCAGCCCCGCGGCCGUGAACCACCACAGCAGCAGCGACAUCUCGCCCGUCAGCAACGAGUCCACGUCGUCCUCGCCUGUGAAGGAGGGCCACAGCCCUGAGGGCUCCACGGCCACGUACCACCUGCUGGGCCCCCAGGAGGAGGGCGAGGGGGUGGUGGACGUCAAGGGCCAGGUGAGGAUGGAGGUGCAGGGCGAGGAGGAGAAGAGGGGGGACGAGGACGACGAGGAGGACGAGGACGUGAGCCGUGUGGACGAGGAGGACCGCCUGGGGGUGCAGAGGGAGGACCGCCGGGGUGGGGACGGGCAGAUCAACGAGCAGGUGGAGAAGCUGCGGCGGCCUGAGGGCGCCAGCAACGAAAGCGAACGGGACUAGGUGGCCGGGGUCCUGGUCCAGGUGCAGGACGUGGCCUUGAGCCGGGCGGGGGCAGGGCUGCCGCAGCCUCGCCGGCCUGGGCGGCGUGAGGGCCGAAGCGUGUCCACCCCGCCCACCGCAGACAGACAGGCCUCUGACCUUGUUCUCAUGUCGGGCCGAGGGCUCCGAACUCUCUGGGCGCAAACCCCCCCAGCCCCCUCCCAGGCAGACGUCCCGUCCAGGGGUGUCUGCUGGGUGUCUUAGCCAACCUAACGCCGUGCAUGACAAGAGGUAGUUUUAUUACCUGACUCCUGACCCUCUGGAGGAGGAGCCGCGGGGCCUGGCGUCUGCCGUCCCUUCCCUCCGCCCCGGCUCCCUCACUGCUUCUCACCAGUGACCAAGGGGGCCGCGCUCUCGUGAUCCCCAAAGCAAUGGCCCUGCACUCCCCUCUGGGCGGGGCCUCCCAGGCCCCCCAGGCCCCCCAGCCAGUCCCUGCCCAGACGAUGCCAAGCUUGUGUGCCCGUCGCAGCCGCAGCCUGGUCGUCUGCCACCCACGACAUCACGCUGCUCCCGACCGUUCGCUUGCCGCAUCGUGGCUCAGCUACUGCCGUGGUGAGAUGUGGUCCCACCUCCACUAGGAGCCAGGCACAGGGUCUUCCUGUCUGUCCCCUGCCCCGUCCUGCCCCCCAAACACGUGUUCUUUUGUGUGAUCAGGUAUAGGUUUCAGAAUAUAAGAUACUACUGUAUAUAAUUGUAAUAAAUAUGAGUUGCCACUAUUUAAUUCCUGCCUGUGGCUUCCUGUCUGCUCAUGGCACCCCGUGCCCAGGGGUGGAUCUUGGCCAAGGCCGCGCCAGGUGGGCCCAGGGAGGGGCCGCGGGGGCGGCGCCCGGCAGCCCUGCGGUGGGCCUGAUGGGGGCAGCCCCUGCUUCCCUCGGCCAGUCUCUCCCCUAAGGCAGGUGUCGCAGCCGCUCACCCACAGCUGGAGGGUCUCAUCCUCGGUCCCGAGUGGCUGCCGGAGGGCGACGUUCUGAUCCAGGAGGAAGGGACCUCACGCUACUGUGUAUAGACCUGGUGUGGAGUGUGAUGAGCUCACCUCCCUUAAAUGGAUGCAUGUGCUCCCAGGAGAGUGCGUCUCGUUCCCUCGUCCUCCCCCGUCUCGUCUCCCUCUCACCCUCCCUGUCUCCCUUUACCCUUCACACAGCAUUUAGCUACACCCAGAAAAACAGCACGGGACGCUCCUUCCCGGGAGCACUCGGCUCCCUCGAGCCCCCAGUGCUGUGGCCCAGUGUGCGGGGGUCAGAGGGCCUGGUCCUGUCCGGUGCCUCGUGUAGACACGGGCUUUGGAGACAAAGUGCAGGCACCCCGGACGCCGCGGAGGUGGAGCUGCAGCGGGUAUGUACCCUCUGGGGAGGCCUCGGCCUCCUGACCGCAGCGCUGGCCUCCCACCCGCCUGGCCCUGGGGAGGGAGGAAGCUGCUGGCCGAGGGUGAGAGACUUGGCAUGGGGGCUGUUUUGUCUCAGAAAACAUUUCCCCUCCUGCCCAGGCCCCUUUUUUGGGCUCCCAUGGUAAACUCCUUCCUGGCUCUCAGGCAGGGGGCCCUCGCCCUGACACUCUGAGUAUCCGGCCCUCCAGCCUGGUUUCCCAGGUUUUGUCUUUGAUGCUCAUAACCUCACGUGAUGUCCUGGCUCAUGCUCCCUAGGGACAAGCAGAGACCCCCCCCGCCCCCACACACACACCCUGCCGUUGAGUCACCUCUGCCUCUUGCCAUCCCCAAAGAAGCCAGGUUUCUCCAUCCCCAGGGGCUCCCAGCCUGGUCUGGACGAGGGGCCCAGUGCCCGGGAGCCAGGCAGGCAGACAGACGUGGGAUGACAGGCAGAGAGAGGACUGGUGGCUCGGUUGGAAGCACCCCUGGGCCUUGGGGGCCGGAGACGGGGUUUCCCCGCUCUGCCCUCCUCGGGGAAUGGAAGCCUGGGUCCCGCGUGGGCCGUCUCAGGGUGUCCCCCUCUACUUGGUGACUGUUUCUCGCGGCCUCUAACUUUGCAGAGGUCCCUCCUGCAGUGGGACCAGACCGGGGCCGGGGGCGGCGGGGAGGGG